CUUGAUGAUGCAGCACUGGUCAUCCUCUUGGCAACGGUCGGCCAAACGAUUGCCAACGAGUUUCAAGGAAUACGACGGUCCAAAUGCCAGCAGAGCCGUGAUCGUACCCAGAUCUACGAAGGUGUCGACAAUGUGCUGAUGAAGCGACUGCAAGCGCUACGGACGGAAAUGCGCACAAGAACCUCCACACAGAGUGCCGAACUUGACGCCUAUCUGGUGCCGAUGUACGACGAGCAUCAGUCGCAGUAUCUUAUGGAAUCGGACCAACGCAUACGCUUUUUGACUGGUUUUACUGGUACGAUCGGUGAAGCGGUGGUUCUAAUGCGCUCGGCCGCCUUCUGGACCGAUGAGCGCUUCAUAGAGCAAGCCGAUCAGGAGCUAAACUGUGCCUGGAGAUUGUUCCGGAAUGGGGAACGUCCAACCGUAGCCGAGUAUUUGCUUUCGGAGCUGUCUCCCGAGGCACGGGUGGGUGCCGAUCCGCAGCUAAUACCACACGCGACGUGGAAAGCACUCGAGACGGAGCUGAAUGCCGACUACAUCCGGAUGGUGCACAUCAAUCAGAACCUGAUCGACAUGGUGUGGGGAACGAGACGUCCCGCUCCACGGUCGGGAGCUAUUAAGGUACAUCCGGUGCGCUUUGCUGGUGAGCGCUGGGACAGCAAGGUGGCCCGACUGCGUGCCAACCUUACAGCGCUCCGGUGUGAUGGUAUGAUCGUAACUUCGCUCACUGAGGUGGCGUACCUGUUGAACUUGCGCGGCACCGAUAUCCCACACGUGCCCGUGUUCAAGGCGUACCUGUUGGUGACCCAUCGGGAGCUGAUGCUGUACACCAACACAAGUCGCGAAACGCUUGGACUGAAGAACCACCUGAAGGCUCACUCGUGCCACAACGAGAACUGUGUCCAGCUGCGCGAUUACGGUGAUGUGUGGCGUGAUCUUCGUACGUUGGCUCAACACUGGCAUCGGUUUCUGGUACCGGCAGCGGUUGUUUUCGAUACUGGUGCGUCGGAAGCCAUACACGCCACUCUACCGCGUAACAUCGUGUACGAGCGACCAUCACCCAUCAUAUUUCUGCGAGCGCAAAAGAACCAGGUGGAGCGACAGGGGAUGCGACAGGCCCACAUUCGAGAUGGAGUUGCCAUGUGCGAAGUGUUGAGUCGGUUGGAAGAGCGGUUUAUUGCUGGCGAUCACAUAACCGAGAUGUCACUGGCCCGUGAAAUCGAUCAUGCCCGUAAAACGCAAAACAACUCGGAAGGAAUCGCAUUCCCGACUAGUGUCGCCUAUGGUGUACACUCUAGCCGACCGAACUACACACCAUCGAAUCGUACCAACAUUGAGCUGUCCGAGGGAAUGGUACUCAUCGAUUCCGGUGGUCAGUAUGAGGAUGGUACGACGGAGGUAUCCCGUACGCUACAUCUCGGUGAACCGACGGCUGAUCAGAUUCGAGCCUACACCAACGUACUGAUCGGUAUGAUCCGGUUGUCGAUGUUGACGUUCCCCGAGAACCUCAAACCUGCCGAAUUGGACGCUUUGGCGCGAGGACCGGUGUGGGGUUCGAUGAAUGACUAUCCGCACGGAACUGGUCAUGGUAUUGGUUCUUAUUCGGCUGUACGGGAAUCUCCAAUCAGUAUUUCUUAUACGGCCAAGCAGAGGUUCACCUUUAAGGAGGGAUACUUCUUUUCUAAUGAACCAGGAUACUAUAAAAAUGGUGCCUUUGGAAUUCGACUGGAGAAUGUCCUCGAAGUAGUAGAUACGGGCAAGAUGCAUCCAACGGGACACAAAUUUCUUGCCUUCCAGGAUGUAACACUCGUACCAUUCGAAUCGAAGCUAAUCGAUCGUACUUUACUUAGUGUGCCUGAGAAAAAAUGGCUUAAUGACUACAACUCACGCAUCCGCCAGCACGUUGGCAGCGAACUGAAGCGAAAGCACAAAAUGGACGCAUUUUACUGGAUGAUGAACAAAACGCGCCACGUUCCGGAGUAUGUGACCGAGGCGGAUUAUAAUGGAGUCGGUCAACUUCAUCACGAUCACAUGACGAUCACUGGAGCUUUAACGAUCGCACUAGUACUACUCGCACGAUUCGUUUUUUAUUGA